AUGACGGAGGCAAUCGACAACCCCGUCCUCCUCCAGCCCCUAUUUUCAUCCAAGACAAAGACAAAGACCCCCAAAAAAUCAGUAUACAAACCUCGGAAACCAUGGAUUGAGACACCACUCAUCGAGUCCGCCAUCUUAUCGAAGAAGGCUGGAUGUAGGAUAUUCUUAAAACUAGAAAACAUCCAGCCCGGCGGAUCAUUCAAGUCACGAGCAAUGGCCUCCCUAAUCCUGCACCACAUCAACCACCCCUCCAACACAAACAAAAGACUACACUUCUUCAUCAACUCCGGCGGCAACGCGGGUCUCGCUGCUGUCUGCGCCGCGCGCUCCUUGUCAUAUCCGUGUACAGUCGUUGUGCCGACCAGCACAUCACGGCUGAUGGUUGACAAGUUGUGUGCCGCCGGAGCGACGCAGGUGAUUCAGCACGGUGACACGAUUGCGGCAGCGGGGGAGUAUAUGACCAACAUCCUAAUGAACGAUCACUCAUCAGGCAAUGAAGGAGGAGAAGGGGAAGGGGUGAAGAAAAUUGCCUUGCACCCGUUUGAUCACGAGGCAAUUUGGGAGGGGAAUAGUACCAUCGUCGACGAAUUAGCUGCACAACUACCGCCAGCAGAUGAUGAUAAUGAUGAUGGCGAGGAGGAUACGCUGCCGAUGGAUGCAGUAAUUUGCAGCGUUGGUGGUGGCGGGUUAAUGAAUGGUUUGAUACAGGGUAUCCAGCGACAUCGUUCAUCUCAAAAGAAGAAGGAUAUCCACAUCCUCGCCGUCGAAACAGACGGAACUCAAUCCAUGAAUCUCGCCAUGUCGUCCAGGACGCUGGUCACACUACCCAAAAUCACAUCCAUGGCUGUCUCGUUGGCAUGCGUGCGAGUUUCGCAAAGGACGUUUGACUAUUGCGUUUCUCCACCUCCCGGAGUCAAAAUUCACAGUGCUGUGUUGUCGGAUGCGGAUGCGGCGAGGGGCUGUUUACGGUUAGCCGAUGAUGAACGGAUACUUGUUGAGUUGGCGUGUGGUGUUUGUGUUGAAGCUGCUGUUGGUGAUGCCUCCACAGACCUUAUGUCUAGGACGAUUAAGAGAGGGAGAGAUGCGGAUAAAGAUGAAGGGUACGAUGAGCUUCACGAUGUCAAGAAGAAAAGAGUGAAUGGAUCUCCGCUGUCGUGUCCCUCGGACAGCGGAGUUGGCUCUUCUGAUACGGAGAGUGAUACUGUCCUGUCUAAUCAGUUGACUUCGUCGUAUUUGAGGGAGAUGAUCCCCGACCUCACGUCACAGAGUCGCGUGGUGAUUAUCGUCUGUGGUGGAAGUAAUGUGACGACAGGGAUGGCGGGUGAAUGGAGAGAGAGACUUGCUAAUGGAUGGAUUUGA